CCUUCAAAUCUGUAAGCACAUUUACAAUCAGGAACGGCGCCCUCCGGCGUCCGCCAUCUUUGUGACAUCAUCACGUCACUGCGACGCCAUCUUUAGCGUAGCCGCUCGAAGCAACAUUCCUUUCCCGAUAUUACCCGUGAGGGCAGUAGGUGUUCUUACGCUCCUUGGGCGCGGGGAGCGGCGGGAGUUGUAGUCCCAGUGGACAGAGUCCUACAGAAUCUCCGGAAGUCUAGGUCCGGUUGAGCCGGCUCGUGGUAGCAGGACUACCGACGCUGGGUCGCUGCUCCGGCGGCCGGUCAUGAACGGGCCGACGGACGGCGAGGUGGACUACAAAAAGAAAUAUCGGAACCUGAAGCGGAAGCUCAAGUUUCUCAUUUACGAACACGAGUGCUUCCAGGAGGAGCUGAGGAAGGCGCAGAGGAAAUUGCUGAAGGUGUCCCGGGACAAGAGUUUCCUUCUUGACCGACUUCUGCAGUACGAGAACGUGGAUGAAGACUCUUCUGACUCAGAUGCCACUGCGUCUUCAGAUAACAGUGAGACAGAGGGGACACCCAAGUUGUCGGACACUCCAGCCCCCAAGAGGAAGAGAAGCCCUCCGCUGGGUGGUGCCCCCUCCCCCUCCAGUCUCUCCCUGCCUCCUUCAACAGGGUUUCCCCUUCAGGCUUCUGGGGCCCCCUCCCCAUACCUGAGCUCGCUGGCCUCCCCCCCCUACCCCCCAUUCCCUUCUGACUACCUGGCCCUGCAGCUGCCCGAGCCCAGCCCCCUGAGGGAGCCCAGCCCCCUGAGGCCCACGCGGCAGAAACGGCCCCGCCUGCCCCGGAAACUCAAGAUGUCGGUGGGACCCCCCGAUUGCCCUGUGGGAGGGCCGCUGACCUUUCCAGGUCGAGGAGCUGGGGCUGGGAUGGGGGCAGCCCUGGCCCCACUGCCCCCUCCCAAGAUGCCUCCCCACACCAUCCUGAGCACCGUCCCUCGGCAGAUGUUCAGCGACGCAGGCAGCGGCGAUGAUGCCCUAGAUGGGGAUGAUGACCUGGUGAUCGACAUCCCGGAGUGACCUGGCACCUGCGCCCUGCCCAUGGCCCCCUGCCGUGCUAGCACACAUGA